CUGCAAUCUACUGAUUGAUCAAACAGAUAAAUCAAACAUUCAGAAAGAAAGCUUCAGAGAGAUUCCCCGGAGACACUAUUUCGAUGGCGACCAAAGUGUAUAUCGUGUACUACUCAAUGUAUGGUCAUGUGGAGACAUUGGCUGAAGAAAUAAGGAAAGGAGCUGCCUCUGUUGAAGGCGUUGAAGCUAAAUUAUGGCAGGUACCUGAGACACUCCCAGAAGAAGUACUCUCUAAGAUGAGCGCACCACCAAAGAGUGAAUCCCCAAUCAUCACCCCCAACGAGCUAACCGAAGCUGAUGGCUUUGUCUUUGGAUUCCCAACGAGGUUCGGCAUGAUGGCCGCUCAGUUCAAGGCCUUCUUGGACGCUACCGGUGGACUCUGGAGGACUCAGUCGCUCGCUGGUAAACCAGCUGGUAUCUUCUACAGCACUGGCUCUCAAGGUGGUGGCCAAGAAACCACCGCAUUGACGGCGAUAACUCAGCUCGUUCACCACGGGAUGGUGUUUGUGCCCAUUGGUUACACAUUUGGUGCUGGAAUGUUUGAGAUGGAGAAUGUGAAAGGAGGUAGCCCCUAUGGAGCUGGAACAUUUGCAGGAGAUGGGUCGAGGCAGCCAACGGAGCUGGAGUUGCAGCAAGCGUUUCACCAAGGCAAGUACAUUGCAACCAUCACCAAGAAGCUCAAGGGAUCUACCACUGCUUAGAGCUUUUUAAAAAGAAUACAUAUCAAGAAGGAAAAGAAAACAUGACCGGUUUGGUUCUGCUGUUUUAUAUAUACAAUCAUAGAUUCUUUCUCUCUUUUGUGAUUUGUUUGGGUUUCAUUAUCUAUCAACUACUUGGUAUUAUUUCAUAGUAAUAAUAAUUCUUGUCUUGGUUUUUACGUAUA